AUGAAGCGCUCCACCGCUGCUCUGCUCACCCUCGCCAUAUCGGUCGCUACCGCGUCCCCCAUCUUGGAAAAGCGGGCCAACCCCAAGGGCAUCGACGUCUCGCACUUCCAGGGCACGGUGAACUUCAACACCGUCAAGGCCAACGGCCUGGCCUUCGCGUACAUCAAAGCCACCGAGGGCACCACGUUCGAAGACCCGGACUUCUCAGCCCACUAUGACAGCGCCACCACCGCAGGGCUCAUCCGCGGCGGGUACCACUUCGCGCACCCUGACGAGUCCUCCGGGGCCACUCAGGCCAAGUUCUUCCUCGCUCACGGCGGCGGGUGGUCUAAGGACGGCAUCACUCUGCCGGGUGCCCUCGAUAUCGAAUAUAACCCUAGCGGUGCGGAGUGCUACGGCCUGAGCGCGGCCUCCAUGGUCGCCUGGGUCAAGGACUUCUCCGACACCUACCACGCUUCCACCGGAGUUUUCCCCGUGAUAUACACGACGACGGACUGGUGGGCGACGUGCACGGGCAACAGCGCCGCGUUCGCGUCGACGAACCCGCUCUGGAUCGCGCGCUACGCGUCCACUAUCGGCACGCUCCCUGCAGGCUGGUCAUUUGCGACGUUCUGGCAGUACGCGGACUCGGGCCCGAACCCGGGUGACCAGGAUGAGUUUAACGGGUCGUUGCAGGGGCUGAAGAACAUCGCUCUGGGAUGA